UCCACUAAUUUUUGUUUUCCUUUUAAAGAAUUAAAUAUGCCAUUUGGGCAUAGUGAAUCUGAAGACAUGGCCAAUGUAACCUCUCUGCAAAACACUACAACUACUUUUGGAAACUGCACUGAUGAAGGUGGCUCCUUUUGGAAUAUCUACCUGUCCCUAGUUUAUAUUCUACUUUUUCUGAUGUGUUUCCCUGGGAACAUCCUUGUGAUUUCUGUAUAUAUUUUCAAAAUGAAGCCCUGGAAAAGCAGCACCAUUAUCAUGUUAAACUUGGCCAUCACAGACCUGCUGUAUGUCUCUUGCCUUCCAUUUUUGAUCCACUACGCAGUCAACGGAGAAAAUUGGGUCUUUGGAAGAUUCAUGUGCAAGUUCAUCCGAUUCAACUUCUACUUCAACACAUACAGCAGCAUCUUUUUCCUCACCUGCUUUAGCCUUUUCCGCUUUGUUGUAGUAGUCUAUCCAAUGAGCUGCCUUUCCAUUCAGAAGCGGAAGUGGACCAUUGUGGCCUGUGUUGGCAUUUGGGUUCUUUCGCUUUUGUUGGUCAGCCCUCUAAUCUACCUGAUCACCAUAAAACAAAGCUCAAAUAGGGUGAUUUGCAUGGACCUUACCAAUGCUGAACCCUUGGGCUUGGCAAGGUGGUUUAAUUGGUUCCUAACCAUAUUUGCAUUCUUUGUGCCUUUGAUAGCUGUGACUCUUUGUUAUGUUGUGAUUAUCUGCACACUGGCAAGAGGCCCUCACACCCAGACUGCUUACAAGCAGAAGGCUCGUACCCUAGCCAUUGUCCUCUUGGCUGUCUUUUACAUAUGCUUCUUGCCAUUUCACAUAUUUCGAGGGGUUCGUAUUGAGCUAAAGCUACAUCCUGUGAACUGCAUUUUAAUGAAGCAGGUCCGAGACAUUUUUACUGUAGCUGGAUCCUUAGCUUCACUAAAUACCUUUGGCAAUUUAAUCCUAUAUGUUGUAGUUGCAGAUAACUUCCAGCAGGCCAUUCUUUCUAUCUGUAAAUUGAUCUUAAAAACACAAAAGAAAUAG